AGUUGACAUUCCACAACCACAGCCCAAGUCCAAACCAAUAAAACCCCAAACGAUCGAUUAGGGUUUCUCUUCUCCACUCUCCCUCUAUCUUGACAAAAGCAUUUUGAACAGAGGAGAGCAAAAAUGCCGGCGGGACAUGGGCUCCGAUCACGAACCAGAGAUUCAUUCUCACGAGCAUUCAGAAAGAAAGGAACGAUCCAUCUUUCUACUUACUUGAGAACCUAUCACAUCGGCGAUUACGUCGAUAUCAAAGUUAACGGCGCUAUUCACAAAGGCAUGCCUCACAAGUUCUACCACGGCCGUACUGGUCAGGUCUGGAACGUCACCAAACGCGCCAUCGGUGUUGAAAUCAACAAGCAGGUGGGUAAUAGGAUCAUUAGGAAGAGGAUCCAUGUGCGAAUUGAGCAUGUCAUGCCUUCACGGUGCACAGAAGAGGUGAAACUACGGAAGAAGAAGAAUGACCAGUUGAAGGCCGAGGCCAAGGCCAGAGGUGAAGUCAUCAGUACCAAGAGACAGCCUGAAGGGCCGAAACCUGGUUUCAUGGUAGAAGGGGCAACAUUGGAGACCGUUACCCCUAUUCCCUAUGAUGUGGUUAAUGAUCUUAAAGGAGGGUAUUAAGAUGAUUUGCUCUGGACUGUAUUUAGCAAUGGUAAAUUUGCUAAAAUAUCCCCUAUUAAUGACCGGAUAGUUUAUGUAAACUUGAGUUUUUUGUCAUUUCAAAUGUUUCAAGGCAUGGAUUAAAUUUUUUGUUAAAGCGACAAUAGCAGACACCUUUGUUGAGUAUUUUCAGGUGAUUAUUUAUGUGUUUUUCGUUA